CCCAAACCCCACAAUUAGUCAAAUCAUCGAACCUUACCUUAGCCAUCUUUCUGGUAAUUGUCCCUUCUUUUAAAGCCCCUUUCCCACCAAUUUUUCUCAACAUAAAUCCAUAUAAGAAUUUAAGAUCAAGUCCGAAUUCUCCCCAUUGGAAAAGAAAAGCAGAGAUGGGGUUUAAAGAAGAUAGAAGAACAAGAGUAGUGAGAUGGAUCAAAACUCUGUUUUUCUUAAUCUCUAUGUUGAUUUCUCUUCUCCUUUUCUCAGCACCAAUUCUUCUUGUAAUCGCUGAUACCCUUCUCCCUUCAGCCCUUUUGUCUGCUUCUCUCUCCCCUUCUUCCCUCUCAAUUCAAACCCUUUCUUCUCAUCUAAUUAACUAUGAUUUCCGCUAUUCUCUCAUCGAUAUUCCCCUCAUCUCCAUCAUUAGGUCUGCCCUCAUUCUAUGUGUUUAUAGCUUAUGUGAUGGUCCAAGACUGUCAAGAGGGCCAUAUUUGGGAAUUGCAACCAUGUGUUCGAUUUCAUCGUUGGUGUUUGUGUCGUUGAAAGCUUCAUAUGUAUUUGGGAACAGUUCAAGAAUGGAUAGAGAAGGGUAUGUUGGGGUAAUGGAAAUGGCACUUUUCGUGUGUUCAUUUGCGUUGGCCGUCGCACAUGUGGUGGUGGCUUACAGAAUUAGCUGCAGAGAAAGAAGAAAACUUCUCCUUUACAAAAUUGAUAUUGAAGCUGUUUCGGCAUGCAAGACAGGAUCAUUUUCAAGAAAACCAAAAUUAGCGCAAGAAGAAAGAGUGAAGUGAAAAGUAAAAAAGAAAAGAGUCCAUAGGCACAAGACAUCAAUUCUAGUUCCUUUGGACCUGUCCAGUUCUCCUAGAGCUAGGUUUCAGAUUUAUCCAAAGGAGAUCUGCAGCCUUGUUGGUCAAGGAAUUACUAAUAAAGAUUAAAGAAGGCCAUUUGAUGUAAUAGCUAGCAUAUUAGUAUUUAUUAUGUAUAUGUGCCAACGUUUUUAUUUUGUAUAUCCAAAUAGAGAGAGUUAGUGAUGCAGGAGAGGAUAUGAUUCAGCACACCCACUGCGGUUCUCACCCAACUUGUACAGAUUUUUGUUCUAUUUAAUGCCAAUAUUUUUACAAAUUA